AAAUGUGAAUUGUCACAACUUUUUUUUCAUUUUAUUAGUAUGUCACAUCAUCUUUCUUAAAUUGGUCUCUGAAGGUGAUCAAGAAAUGUUACAAAAGAUCAUGAAAGAAAGAGAAGUGAAGUUCAAAGAUGUUGUGUUUAUAGUGUUGAGUCAGUCCAACUCGUAUCAUGUCAAAAGAGCUGAUCUUUUUCAAAAACAUUUCACAGAACAGCUUCAAGAUGUACCUCAGUCGGAUCAUCCACUACUAUUUUUCCUACACAAACAGUGGCCAGAGGGAGGUGCCUACACACUGUUUCCACUGAUGGAAGGGUUUGCAGCAAACUUCUCAAACAAAGCUUGGAUAUUUGUAUGCGAAGAAGAAACUAGGAUAAAUCUUGCAGGAUUGAUAACUGUUUUAUCAUCAUUUGAUUAUCAUGAGCAAAUAUUUCUUGGCAAGCCUCUGAGAGAUUAUUCAUCAUCAAUCAUCCAUCAUUAUGCAUUUUACGACAACCCCAGCAGAUUUCUAUAUCCCGAUCCGGCUGGGGGAUUUGCCUUGACUUUACCAUUGAUUAAAAGUAUUGUCGCAAGAUUGAAGUCUUCUAAACUGGAGAUAGACUUUGUUAUUGAUCCUAAACAUGAGUUAGCCAAAUUUAUACGGAAUGAAGAUGAAGGGACUCCAUUGACAGCGGUUCGAGAAUUUUGUACCUCAGUGACGUCAGACAAGUGUGUGACGUCAUUACCUCUUCGCUUUCCGCAGUGUGGGACUCCUUUACCAGUAGAUGAUCUGUUUGUUGCUGUAAAGACAUGUGGAAAAUUCCACAAGGACAGAGUGUCUGUGGUAAAGAAAACGUGGGGACAGGAGACUACAAAUAUAGAGUACUACAGUGAUAAAGAAGAUCCUGACAUACCAACCAUAGAUCUGGGUAUAGAAAAUACAGAAUCAGGUCACUGUGAAAAGACGUUGGCUAUUAUAAGGAGAGCUGCAAAUAAUUCUGAUGAACCAUGGCUUCUGAUAGCCGAUGAUGACACUAUUAUAAGUCUGAAACAGUUGCGGAAACUUCUUGCUUGUUACGACGCAAAGGAAGUUGUCGUUAUGGGAGAACGAUAUGGAUAUGGUGUUGCUAAAGGUUACGGCUACAACUACAUCACAGGAGGUGGCGGGAUGGUGUUUAGUAAACCGGCCGUGAAGCUGUUAGCCGAGGAGUGUAAGUGUCCCGCUAUCGACUCCCCAGACGACAUGAUCCUUGGGAUGUGUCUCGAUCGGCUGCAGAUAGAUCUCGUACAUUCACAGUAUAUACAUCAGGCUCGUAUUGAAGAUUACAGCCCUGACUAUUUAUCCUACAGAGAUCAUGUGUCCUUCCAUAAGCAUUAUCUUAUCGAUCCCAUUCAGGUGUAUAAAAUGUUAGAUAAAGUUGACUUAGGAUUAAAAAGUCCACAUGAUGAAUUGUAGCUGCAUGUAAGUCUUACCAGAUAUAAACAUCUUAUCCACAUAAACUUCUGUGUGUAGACACAGUUGCAUUAAAAUUAUAGAAUAGUUAGAUGAAAUUGCUUUUUUGAAAAAGGUCAUUAAAUGUAAAAGACAUAAAGUUUUAUCCACUUAAAUAAUUUUUGUUGUAAUUUAUGAUUUUCAAAUAUUAUAGUUUAAUUUUUUUAAAUAUAUGAAGUAGCAUCAAAAUUAAAAAUACAAAUUUAUUAUUUGGUUUAUUUAAUAUUUAUCAAUUAGGAUUAUUAAUUGUAGUUUAGCCUAAACUUCUUAUCAUAUAAAUUCUCAACAUAUAAAUUGCUGUAACUUGUAGUUUAAUUAUUAGGAAUGUAUAAUGUUAAUAACUUUUUAAUGCUAAUGUUAUGUCUAUUAUGUCUAGUAAUAUAUCAGCAGUAAUGUUUUUUUAGUUUCAAAUAUAUUGUAAAUAUCACGUGCAGGGUCUUUCUGUGUUUGAGGCAAUGAAAAUAAUUACACGUCAUGACUUAAACAUUUGUCUACUUUUUUCUUUUCUUUUUUCUUUUUUCUUUGGUUAAGUAAUGGUUACAGAUUAAUUAUCUGUCUGGUUAUAACAAGUUAUAAGUAGCAAACCCUAGUUUCAUCCCAUGAAAAUAGAUGCUAAGUUUGGUUAAUCCACAAACCUGUAACACAUCUGAAUAAAGUUAUAAUAAAGUAAAACCAGGAUCUGUGAUGUUGAAAUGGGGAUUUACACUAUAAAAAUAGAUUAGAGCUGGUCUCCAUUUCACCAUUCUGAGAGGUACAUGUGUUUGUAGAUUUUUGUUGAAAAUGCAUUUCAGAGUAUUACAAACACUGGGAUGACCAGAAAUGCUCGAAUGUACGGAAAUGGAUAAUCUACAUAAUAAAGUGUUAUGUUUGAUUUCAAUUAUCUAAAACUGAUCUAACAGAAAAAAAUAUGUGGUAUUGUUUAACAAACUAGGGUCUGCAACUUUAAUGUUCACCAGGAACCUCAUUCACUAAACUCUCGCAACUUUGCGAUCUCGCAGCGCAGUGCUAAAAGACUUGCAAAGAGGAUGCUUUGGUGUCUAGCAGAGCCCAAGAGAGCUUUGUGAAUUAGACUCCAGACCUGGUUUGAUCCUAAGCAGGGUUUUUUUAUUUAUGACUUGUGAUUGUUUUCAUUAGUUCAAACAUAGAAAGUCUACUUUUGGUCAUUAUUCACUUUUCAGUUUGUUUGGGGGGUUUUGGUAAACUGCAGCCAUGAACAUUUAUAAGAAUUAUUUAAAUACUAUGCAGUAUUUGAAAUUGGUGCUUUCGUUAAUUUGUAACUUGGUGUUAUGUUUUUAAAAAAACACUCAGUCUGGUACUAUAUGAGCACAUGAUAUAGAGUUAUGGAGAAGAAUAAAAGAACAAUAAAUGCACUGAUUAGUUGUUUGUAAUAUUAAAUUUUCUCUGGUCAAUAAAGUUUUGGGAUUUUUUAAAUUUUGAAAUCGGUCUUCAUAUGUAAAAUUAGGUAUAACAUAGGGUUGUUAAUUGGAGGCUUUUAGUUUCAUUGAUUUAUAUGUUUGAGAAAAGAAUCUGAAAAAUUAUGAAGUAUUGUUAUGAUUGUUCUGUUUAAAGUGUGAAGCAUAACAAUGUUAAUGUGUUGAAUGUUUUCAUAAUAUUGAAAAAAUUUUAAAAUAUUUUUUUUACUCUUGUUCCUGUUUUUAUUUGUUGACUACAUUUUUGUUUAUGAAUUACUUUCAUUUGUAGCAUCCAUUUACUGUUUGCUAUUUGUUAUUAAAAGGAAUGCUGUUGCAUCCAAACAAAGAGAGCUGUUUUAGUGUAAAUUCAUUAAUUUCAACUUAUUUUUCUUGCUUAUGUCCAAUUAAGUUUCAAGUAUGCCAGAGGGUAAAACGGGUAUGGCGCCAGACCUAAAAACCUUUGCAGAUUGUUUGUUUUAAGUUAACCUUUUGACAGAAUUAAUUACUUUUAUCAUUACUGUAUGAUUUUCAUAACCCUAACCCCAAACUUAACCCAUUUGUUUUCUGAGGGAGUCCUCCCCCCCCCCCCCCACCCCCUGUUGACUGUGGUUGCAUCCAAUUCCAUAGCGCCAUACCCCCGAAACAAUUUCUGUCAGAAACACUGAUCAGCUAUUUUGGCUGUCUGUCCAGGACAGAGGGUUAGCAGUUAGUGGUUAGUGAGAGAGAAGUCUGUGUAGUGGCCUUACAUGGAGUCGUUAAACUCUGGGUGGGAGCUGGUACCAGGGUGCGAACUCGGUACCUACCAGCCUAAUGUCUGAUGGCUUAAAUAACUACACCACCGAGGCCGGUUUUAGUGUAAAUGAUAUCACUGGAGCUCAUUAAACAUGAGCAGAUAUGAUCAAAAAGUGUUUUUAAAUCUGCAUAAUUGUUCGGUUUUAGAUCAUCCUUAAUAAUGGUUGACUUUUCAUUUGAGUAGAUGGCCAGUUAGAUGAUUACUAUAGUAUGUUAUUUUUAUUCAUAUUCAUAUAUGUAUGUCUUUUAUUGAAAAAGGGUAAUAAAUUAUUGUUGAAAGGACUCGGUCCUCGGUAGAGCUAUUUUUAUGAAAAAUGUUUUCAUAUUUGUUGUUUUAGAAAUAUUUUUGUUGCGCUAGUGUGAUUCACUAGUUGUUUGUUUACCCAAGGUUGUGAGUACAUGGUUUUUAGAAAUCAAAGUAAUCAAUUGAUUACCGUAUUAGAAAAAUAUAACCCCAUACACAAGAAUCAAAAAUGCACUGGAUGUUUCAUAUUAUAACAUUAUUUUUUGUAUGACGUUUUUUUACCAAUGUUCCUGUUGUUACUUGACCAGAUUUCUAUGUUUAUUAGUAAUUUUGUACAUAACAUGUACUGCCUUCAAACAGAAUGUUUUCUUAGCAAUCUCAGAUUUUUCUUAUUAGUCUUUUUAGCACAGAUUGACUGGAAAUCAGGAAACGUUAGCAAGCAUAAAAUUUUAGCGGGGCAGUACAAGACGCUAAUAUUUCAUGACGCUAAAUUUAAAAAGACGUACAACUGACUGUUCCAAAAAACGUCAGUGCGUUUGUUUUGUCUGUAAUUAACUGAAGGCACCACAAUGGUUAUAUGCUACUGAUUAAACCAAAAGGAUAGCAAACAACAAAAGUUAGUUAGCAUGCACAUUACUGCAAUUUUUUACUAAAUUCAAAAUGUCUGUAAGCUGCAUAACGUAAAGAUUCGUCAAAAACAUUAUUUCAUCCGAUCCUACAACUUAAGCUUACCAUAUUUGUUUUUUAUUUUCUGAUAUGGUUACCUCGCUAAAGUUCUAUGUCGCUAAUAUGUCACUUAGUUUGAUUUUGCUAAACUUUAAGAUAGAUAAUAUUUUAUGAUUUACAGAGCUUCUAGAUUAUAGUAGCCUCACUCCUAUGGCUAGUGAUUUUCAGUGUUGGGCUAGUAAAUAAUUUCUGUUGCCUUGCCCAAUGGCUACUAAAUUAGUUUUUGUCAGUUGCUGUAUUUAAGUCUAUUUUGUAAAUAUGAAUAUCCUUCCCACAUAACCACCGCUCCCUCCCCACUAGAUGUAAAGGUUUUUAAGCUCCAUCUCUGUCUUUAGGUGACAUAUCUGAUUAUUACUAUUGGAAAAAUUGUAUUUAUUUAAAGUAGGGCUAGUGAAUUUUUCACUGAUCCCAUGGCUAGUGGUGUGUUUUAACAAUUCUAGAAGCCCAGAGUGACACUACCCCUCACCAUUAAGCCUUCUAACUUCAUUCCGGGUUGGGAGUGUGGAUCUGUCAGAAUGCUCGCUUGAGGUGCUCGAGUGGAAUUAUCCAUUCUCUGAUUGGGUUUUCCCCCAUCCCAACCAGUGCCCCAAGACUGGUAUGUGCUGUCCUGUAUGUGUGAAAGAGCAUAUAAAAGAACCCUUCUGAAAAAGAAUAUAGUUGGGUUUCUUGUGACUACAUGUCACAAUCUCCAAAUAUUUGACAUCAACAGCCAAUUAAAAAAUCAGUGUGCUCUAGUGGUGACAUUAAAUAAACUAAAACUUUUAACUUUUAGUGUUUAUUCUGGGUGUGUGUGUGUGUGUUACUUACCCUAAA